GACACCACUACAAACACCACCAUCAUCAUCAGACAACUUGAGCUCCCGCCUGGUUUGUCAACACUGAUUCCGGUGGUGAGUAGUGAGUGGCAGUGGUGAGUGCUAGUGGUGAGGCAUGGCGGGUAGCAAGCUGAGGCGGUACGUGGGGCAGAAGGUGAGCGUGGUAAGGUGGAGGCCCCCAGCCACGCACUACGGGGACACGGACACCUUCUUGACGGGCACCUGGAAUGAUCCGGAGAACACUGUAGGUGUGUGGCGCACCCCAGAGUCUGAUGAUGACCCCGUGCCCAUCUCUUCUCUGCCCCACCAGGGCGAUGUUAGUGACAUCCAGUAUGUGACCCGGGACUCCUUUAUGGUGGGCAGCAGCACAGGAGGCGUGAGACUCUACAGACACAGUGCAGAAGGAGACCUUGAGGCAGUUAACUGUUGGGACAAAGUACAUGCCUUCACAACAGGUCCUGCACCGUGCACCUCCCUGGCGUGCAGUGGCGAACAGAUUGCCUCAGUGGGGGAGGAUGGGAAGCUAGUCAUCAUUAACCCUAACCAGAAGAAACCAGCCAGGGUGUUGGAGGGUGUGGGAGGCUGCAGCCUGUAUGCCGUGAUGUUUGUCCGCACCCAUGAGGUCCUGACAUCCAGCAUGCAGGGCCACCUCAAGUUGUGGGACCUGAGGGCCUCUCAAACAGCCAAGGGACUUCUUUUCAGCCCAGACCAGGUGGCAGUGUGCAACUUGGCAGGGCACCCCACACAGCAGCACCUGGUAGCCGCUGGAGGUGAGGAUGGGACACUGGCUCUUUGGGACAUGCGCAACACUGCACACCCAUUCACAAUUAUUGCUGCCCACAAUGGUCCAGUUUGUCAGGUCCAGUUUCACCCUGUGGCUCCUGAGCACCUCUUCACCUGUGGCAUGGAUGGACAGCUGCUACACUGGGAUGCCUCGGCCUCAGCUAAACCAUCUCACUUGUCAUACAAAGGAACUCAAGAUUUGUCAGGUGGAAGUGUGACAGUGUGGCUGGGCAGUGAAGUGUCCCGAGGAGCAACAGAUACAACUUGCAUUCUCCAGUCCCCACUUCCCAUCAACUCCUUGGAUGUGGAAGGGGCAACACUCAUCGCUGGUUCAGACAAUGAGGCCAUUUAUGUCCUGGGACAGUUGUUGAAGAAGAGGAUUGAUGAUAUGGUAUAUUAAGCAGCAGGGAUUUCCAGAGCUGCUCAUCUGAGUGCUGAUGGAAAGGAUCCAGGUUUUUCCUCAUGGUUCCAGAAAAGAGAGUUGGAUCCUGAGGUAUGAUAGAGAUGUUGCCCCGAACAUCAUGCAGGCCCAGCUCUUGGAUUUUGAUGCCAUCAAUGUAGAUGACACCUGAUGGUUCAGUGAGACGGAAGAGGGAGGUGAUCAAAGAAGACUUUCCAGCUCCUGUCCUGCCCACAAUGCCAAUCUGGAAACAUCAUGCCAUUUGAGCAAACUUUGACUCUUCACUUUCUCUGUUUUGUUCACCCAUGCUUCUGUUGGUUUUGUAUUUUUUAACAAAUUAAAAAUUACCAAUAAACAUUUCUAGAAAAAAGGA